AUGUCAAGUAUUUCUUUCACCUCAAGUAACAAAUUAAGUCGAGAAGACUAUCGUCGUCAAAAAGAUCUUGAAGCAGCAAGAAAAGCCGGGACAGCUCCUGCUGAACAAGAUGAAGAAGGAAAAGAUAUUAACCCUCAUAUUCCGCAAUAUAUAGCCAAGGCACCAUCUUCAACCAAAUUUCGAAAAGGUGCAUGUGAAAAUUGUGGAGCAAAGACACAUAAAACAAAUAAUUGUAUGGAACGUCCAAGGAAAUUAGGAGCUAAAUGGUCAGGACAAAAUAUACAGCCUGAUGAAAUUAUUCAAGAAAUCGAAUUAGAUUAUGAUUCGAAAAGAGAUCGAUGGAAUGGUUAUGACGCUUCUGAGCAUGCUAAAAUUUAUGAUGAAGCUCGCCGUAAAUUAAAGGCAAGUGAGCUUGACAAACAGAGUACUACAGAACUAGUAAAGAAAACUGGUGAGCGUAACACUGGAGAAUUUUCUAGUGAUGAAGAAGUGGAUGAUGAAGACAAAUAUGCGGAAACAUCAGAUAUGCCUGGACAAAAAGUUAAUACCAAAACAAGAACUACAAUUAGAAAUUUGAGAAUUCGGGAAGAUACAGCCAAGUAUUUGAGAAAUUUAGAUAUUGAUUCUGCAUACUAUGAUCCUAAAACUCGAUCGAUGCGUGAUAAUCCAACCAAAGAUGACAAUCCGGAAGAUGUUGCUUUUGCUGGGGAUAAUUUUGUGAGAUAUAGUGGGGAUGCACCAAAAAUGGCAAAUUUGCAACUUUUCGCCUGGCAAGCAUAUGAAAAGGGUACCGAUGUUCAUUUACAAGCAAAUCCUACCCAAGGAGAAUUAUUGCAUCGUGAAUACCUUCAGAAAAAGGAAAAACUAAAAGAUUCCAGUAAAGAUUCAAUUUUGGCAAAAUAUGGGGGAGAAGAACAUUUAAAUGUACCUCCAAAAGAAUUACUAUUAGCUCAAACUGAGAAUUACGUGGAAUACUCUAGAACAGGAAGAGUUAUUAAAGGUCAAGAAAGAGCCAAAGCUAAAUCAAAAUAUGAAGAAGAUGUUUUCCUUAAUAAUCAUACCUCGGUCUGGGGUUCAUAUUGGGCCGAUGGAAAUUGGGGUUACAAAUGUUGUCGAUCAUUCAUUAAAAAUUCAUAUUGUACAGGAUAUGAAAAGAAAUCUCUUUUAGAUAUGCAUACAGAAAAAAUUGAAAAGAAGAAAUAUAAUUUAAAUGCGGAUAAUGUGAGUGAAGAUGCAAACAAACAUCUUAAACGUAAAAAUCUUGGAGAAGGUGAUAUUCAAUUAGACAAGAAGAAAUUAAGGAAAGCGUUAGAAGAUGAAGAGAAACGAAAUAAAAGUUUACCGGAAACGGAUGAUCGAAAGCGACCUUAUAAUAGUGCCUAUAUGAAUCAAAAGGAUAAAUCUAAUAGUGAAGUGACAGAAGAAGAAUUGGAAGCCUAUAGAUUGAAAAAACAAUCAUAUGAAGAUCCCAUGCGAAAUUAUUUUGAUAAAAAAUAA